CCUCACCUCACUAACAGCUAUCGUAAGAUCAGGAGGAUUUCGAAGAAGAAAGUCUUGGGCGAGACACUACGGCCAUCUCCGAUACUCCACUCUGCUAAUAUCAUUCUCUUGAUUGCUCUGAUUGCCUACAAUCCAAACACAAACCUGCCUAUUUCUCGUAUUCCGGACCCCACCCUCCAGACCUGUCCCGUUUUGUCCAGUUCCGCCGUACACAAAUAAAUAAUUAUAUACGAACUGACCUGCUCGUCUGUCCCGUCGCAUUUCGUCCAAAACUUACACAUUUCGAUCCUGGCCUAGAUAAAUCAUCCAACAUGGCAACGUCACAAGUAGAGGGUCUCACCCCUGAGCAGCUCGCCUUCUUCAACGAGAAUGGAUACCUUCUCAUUCCCGAUGCGCUUUCCCAGGAUACCGUCAAGCAACUCCUAAAGGACACAGAUUCCAUGCUAGACAACUUCUCGCUGGACGAUCACCCCAUGACCAAGUUCUCUACCGGAGGCGAUGACGGCAAGGACCACGUUGGCGACGCAUACUUCCUCGAGAGCGGCGACAAAGUGCGCUACUUCUUCGAAGAAGACGCCUUCGACACCAGCGGCAAACUCACCAAGCCCAAGAACCGCGCCAUCAACAAGAUCGGCCACUACCUGCACGAGCUCUCCCCCUCCUUCCGCUCCAUCUCCCUCUCCGACCGCAACGCCGCCAUCGCCCGCUCCCUCGGCUUCCAGGACCCUCGCGUCCUGCAAUCCAUGGUCAUCUGCAAGCAGCCUGAGAUCGGUGGCGCUGUGCCCCCUCACCAGGACUCCACCUUCCUCUACACUGACCCUCCCACCGCAGUCGGGUACUGGUACGCGCUCGAGGACGCCACGGCUGAGAACGGAUGUCUCAGCUUUGCGGCUGGUAGUCAGAGGCGUGCGCCUAUCCGCAAGCGAUUCGUGCGAACGGGCAAGAAGGGAGAGGAGGGCACUGGUUUCAUUGACAAUGAGGGACCGCAGUUCCCUCAAUCGCAUCCGGGAUCUAACGGGGAUACGAAGGAGGAGGACGAGGUGUAUACGAUGGGUGAGGUCAAGGCAGGUACGUUGGUGUUGAUUCAUGGAAAUAUUCUGCACAAGAGCGAGAAGAAUGUUAGUGGGAAGAGUAGGUUCAUUUAUACGUUCCAUGUCAUUGAUGGGGCGGAGAAGUAUGAUGAGAGGAAUUGGUUGCAACCACCUACUCAGGGAUUCUCGAAACUGUACAGUUGAGGACGGCCAAGAUGCCUAGGUUUAGCUUGUUAAGAAAAUAUAUCCACGUGCGAAUCUCGAUGCAUGUAUGAGGGG